AUGAGAUUAUUCGAAAGGUUGAAUAGGGAAGUUGAAAUUGUACAAAUGGAUGAUGUUGAUGAAAAUUUAAAGGAUCCUCGUGAAUUAGAAAAUGAUGAUCAUGACCAAUUAUUUCGUUUAUUCGCUCGUGAUCCUCCUACAAAGAUUUCUCUCGAAUCAAAGGAUAUAAAAGAUUACGAUGAAUUAGUCCAACAGAUGCGCAGAAAAAAAUUUGAAAUUGAUGAAUUAAGUGAUGAUCCGGAACGUAUUGAAAAGAUAAAUUCAGUAACAAUAACAUUUGAACAAAUUAUUCAAGAAUCAAAGAUUCCUUGGGAGCGUCAUUUAAUGCCACAUAAAGUAUUACAUGUUCCUUAUAAAGAGGCUGAACAAAAAUUUAGAUCAAAACGAAGGAAAAGCAAAAAGCGAAGAGUUGCCGAGAAAAAAGGAUUAGUUAAGAAACAUCAAGGUGGAAAAUGUCCCGGUUGGCCGUCAGGUGGCAAAGAAUAUACAUAUGGGUGGAAGUCAAGUGCUGAAAUUCGUAAUGUACCUGGAAGAAAGGAUUCGAAAAUUUUUCGUGGAAGAACAAAUUUUAAUAGAGAUAGAAUAGGUAGCUUUGGUAGGCAAGAUCAUAGAGGAACGCGAAGAAAGUAA